GCGUAUUGUACCAUCCAGUCCAAGAUGACCAAUUCACCCCUGGGUUUGCAUCAUUCUGCACUCUCGGAUGACGAUUUUAAUUUGGCCUUAUCAGUUGUACAGCAUCAGAUCCACACUGAGUGGAGGAAGGUAAUGUCGACAUUUGAUUGAGACUUUGGCACACCGUAUCUGUGAUGCUUAAAUUCAGCAAGUAUCUGGUUGAACCCAAGCACAUCAGCAGAUUGUUGACAGUUUCCUGAGCCAUCAUGAGACUCCUCCCUCUUCUCUUGUUCUUUUCCCCAAUAUCCGCUCAACUGAUCGGGCGCGUCGGUCCAACAACCGACCUCUCGGACAAGAAAACAGAAUGCAAUAUCCUCGACUACGGUGCCGUCGCAGACAACAGCACUGAUAUUGCGGAUGCAUUGGAAAAGACCUUCAAAGACUGUGUCCGCCGCCAUGCAGGAAGCAGACUCGUUGUCCCGGAGGGCGAAUAUCUCAUCAACCGGGGUGUGGUGUUGAGCAAUGCCACAAAUUGGGCAUUCCAGCUCGACGGGCUUAUUACAGCCGCAUAUGGCGGUGACUGGACUAUUGAACGUGGGUUGAUCCUCCAAGGCUUUGCGGGGGUGGAUGUGUUGAAUGAGACUAUCAACGGGGAGGGUGACCAGAAGUUCUUGUUAGACGUUCUUGUUAUUGUGAAUGCCGUCGAUUUUGAAUUCUACUCGUCCAAUGGCAAGGGUGCGUUCCAGGGCCAGGGAUAUUUGUACCGGAAUCUGAAUAACACCGAUCGUCCCCGUCUCGUCAGAUUGAUUUCGCCGACCAAUGCCUCAGUCCAUGAUUUGAUCCUCGUAGACAGCCCUAAGUUCCACAUCAUCCUCGACUUUGCGGUCAAUGUGGAGGCAUAUCAUUUGACCAUUCGGGGAGGUAAUCUGGGCAGUUACGAUGGCAUUGAUGCGAUCGGUACCAACUACUACAUUCAUGAUAACGAGGUGACGAACCGGGACGAAUGUGUCUCGGUGAAAAGCCCUUCUCAUCACGCUCUGAUCGAAAAUUUGGUGUGCAACCAAGCGGGCUCAGGCACCUCGAUUGGAAGCUUGAAUGCAUCCGCGGAGAUCUCGAAUAUUGUCGCUCGAAACAUCAGCAUCAUUCAAGGGAACAAUAUCGCCUUCAUCAAGACCUACCCGGGCGGAUCAGGCUACGUAACCAAUGUUACCUUUGAAAAUUUCCGCUCCAAGGGUAGUCUCUAUGGCCUCAACAUCAAUCAAUACUGGCAGAAUACCUUCGAACCCGACACCGGCGCUGUCACUCUAAGCAACCUCGUCUUCCGAAACUUCACUGGCUCCGUGGCAGACGGACUUAAACGCCCUCCUCUCUACCUAAUCGCCAACGACCUCACCUACGCGACCAACGUAACCGUCGAAGACAUCUCCAUAUGGACCGAAUCCGGAACCGAAGUGGCCAACAAGAUCAGCAAUAUCUUCGGCACAGGAGACGACUCGUAUAACGAAAACAACGGGAUCAGGCCAUGGAGCUCGAACGAGACACCCCAGACCUAUACGAGUACGUAUACGAUUACCGCUUCACCGACAGGGUGGACAGCGCCCCCGAGCCCUGCCUGGGCGGCACCAAGCACCGGAUAUGGAACGGACGUGCCUAUUCCAGUUUAUACGCCCAAGCCGUUGUGGCGGCCAGGUGGAGUAGAUUAUGAUUUGCAUUAUUGGGGAAGCUUUUAGGUUGAGGCAUGAUAUGAUAGAUAGUAGUCUUCUUUCGAAGAGGCUGUGGAUGACGCUAUAGCUGUAUGUCGGCAGUUGUACAUUGAUGAUCUUUCUCGU